ACAACGACGACACAAUGCGAUUACCUUCUUUUGCUUUCGCUGCUAAAGCUGGACUGUGGCAGCAGACACUCUCUUCCGAGGAAGAAACAAUCACAAGCACGCGCCACAUACAUGUUACCAGAACCGUCACCAACUUGGCCAGUACUAUCUAUGCUGUGCGUAUGGGCACAUCCACUGUAUACAUGGAAUACCUCCCUGCGACAUUGAAGACCAAAUGUGUUCCUUGGCAAGCACUAUCAACACGGCAUCUGGAACUGCGUUCCGAAGGAAAUACAACCAGCACGAUGCAUAUCAAAGUCACUCAGACAAUAGCACAGGUCCAAUCCACGGUAUUCGCGAGUAAGGUUGGAAUAUCGGUGUCGACCAUUACGAACGUUCCUCAGUCUCUGAUUGAAGAGGCUGCGGAGGAUGCAGCAGAAUUGUCGUCUUCCCAGCUGGCAGCAGCGAUCUCGUCGGCCAAGUCCGAUGCGCUGGCGCACUCAUCUGUUGCAGUGCUGGCGAGCACUACUGUCUUACCAUCGCCUACUCAGCCUGUGCCCGCGCAGCUCACCAACUCGAGCUCUNGCUUCGACCCCUUCCAACCUGCCGUCACCAGUCCAAGCAGUAGCAGCGACUCGAUGCUCCCAAUAGGUCUCGAGCUCCGAUCUAAUGCAGGCACAAGAAUAAGCGGCCAACAAGAGGCAACGACUGCAGAAGCACCAGCUACAGUGGUCGCUGUAAUCUUUGGCUCUUCGACGUCAAUCAUGACAUCUGUACCUCCGACUUUGCUAGCCGCUAUCGCUUCUUCACAAGUUCCAACCACGUCGCCUUCAGCAGCUCCUCGCCAGAAUACAAGCUCAGAAGGUCCUACGACUAAUAGCUCACCCGUGGCUGUCGACACAAAUGCUGUCCAAGUCAAGAGUUCACAGACAGCGUUGCUGCAAGCUUCACCAUCCAGCGAUGGUGCCGCUACUAUCAGCUCAACUGUCUUCUCUUCCUCGACCGCAUCUCCCAGAACAUCAAACUCAGAAGUAGUGUUCUUGUCGAAUUCUGCAUCUUGGACCAGCAACAAAGUCUACACUAUCCCGGUCUCUAUCACCAGUGCCACUUCUACAUCCUCUGUCGCUAGCUCCGUUAUUCCAUCGGCUGCACAGACCUCUGAUUCAUCACCUUCUCUCACAGUAUACGGAUCGCAAAGCAGUGCAUCCGUCGCCGCCGCAGAAAUUGCCGCCGACAACGCGGCCGGAGCGUCGGGCGGCGAUUCAGGCAGUUUCAAGCUCAGCAAAGGAGGCUUUGCGGCAAUCAUCAGUGUCGUCUCCGUCGGUNUAAUCUACCUCGUCCUCUUCGUCGUCGCAAAACGCCGUCAAUGGAGAGUACGCCAAUCCAUCGUUCGCGCUUCUCGUCGCAUCACCGGCUGCUUCUCCUCUCACCCCAAUAGAACAGCACUGCGCUCGGAGAAAGAACCAACUCUGCCGAUUAUCGAGCGACGACAACCAUCGGGUCCUCGUCCUGCACCUUCUAGUAGACGUCAACAAGGAUUCGCUAAUAUUGACGCUACACUACACACCAACUAUCGGGGUGUAGAGAGCGUAAGUAGAAGUGCAUCUAGAGGGCCAGAGGCGUGGAGAAAAGCAAUGGCAAAGGAGAGAUUGCAGCAGAGUCAAAGUCAGAGGAAGAAGCCUGAGUUGAGGGUUGACACUGGCGUGGCGUCUAGAACAGAAGAGGGAAGAGGUGUGCAAGGAGGAGCGAAGAGAAAGAGAGGUGAUUGGAAGGACUUGUUCAGAGCUCUA